GGAACCGCCACCGCCGCUGAGGAGCGAGCCCUGCGCCCACCUCCCCCUCCCGCUCCCGAAAACCAGAAACCCAGAGGGUGAAUCCCCUCCGCUCCUCGGGGAUGUGUGUGUAAAAACGGGGCCCCCUCCCGGCCCCUCUCUCCGCCCUGCAGCCUCCGGGGACUGUUUCUCCCAUCCCACCGCCUCGCCUCGCCCCGCCGGCAGGAGCCGCACCCCCCCGGGGAGCCUCCGGGCCGACCCAGGCCUCCCCCCGAACCGCAAUGGUUUGUGCUCGGGGGGGCGGGGGGCGCCGGGAAGACCAUAAGUGCGGCGUUCGCUUCCGGGUUUCGGUGCGGGCGGGCGCUGUGUGGUUGCUCCUCCUUCGCCGGCGCUCAGGCCCCGUGCGGGCGGGUACUAUGCGCAGACUCGGUCCUUGGCUCAAGAUGGCGGCGGCGGAUAAACAGAAGCACGAGCACGGGCGGGUGAAGAUCGGGCACUACAUCCUGGGCGACACUCUCGGCGUCGGCACCUUCGGCAAAGUCAAGGUUGGCAAACAUGAGUUAACUGGGCAUAAAGUUGCAGUGAAGAUCCUGAAUCGACAGAAGAUUCGCAGCCUUGAUGUAGUAGGAAAAAUCCGCAGGGAGAUUCAGAACCUCAAACUCUUCAGGCAUCCUCAUAUAAUUAAGCUGUACCAGGUCAUCAGUACGCCAACUGACAUUUUCAUGGUGAUGGAGUAUGUUUCAGGAGGAGAAUUGUUUGAUUAUAUCUGUAAAAAUGGAAGGCUGGACGAGAAGGAAAGUAGACGUCUGUUCCAGCAAAUCCUUUCUGGUGUGGAUUACUGUCACCGGCAUAUGGUAGUACAUAGAGAUCUGAAGCCUGAAAAUGUGCUGCUUGAUGCACACAUGAAUGCCAAGAUAGCUGACUUUGGUCUAUCAAAUAUGAUGUCAGAUGGAGAAUUUUUAAGAACAAGCUGUGGUUCCCCUAACUAUGCUGCACCAGAAGUGAUUUCAGGAAGAUUGUAUGCAGGUCCAGAAGUAGAUAUUUGGAGCAGUGGAGUUAUUCUCUAUGCUUUGUUGUGUGGAACGCUUCCAUUUGAUGAUGAUCACGUGCCAACUCUUUUUAAGAAGAUAUGUGAUGGUAUCUUUUAUACCCCUCAGUACCUGAAUCCAUCUGUAAUUAGUCUUUUGAAGCACAUGCUGCAAGUGGAUCCAAUGAAGAGAGCAACAAUCAGAGACAUUAGGGAACAUGAAUGGUUUAAGCAGGACCUUCCCAAAUACUUGUUUCCUGAAGACCCAUCAUAUAGCUCUACCAUGAUUGAUGAUGAAGCCUUAAAGGAAGUGUGUGAGAAGUUUGAAUGCACUGAAGAGGAAGUACUAAGUUGUCUAUACAGCCGAAAUCAUCAGGACCCUUUAGCAGUUGCUUAUCACCUCAUUAUAGAUAAUAGAAGAAUAAUGAAUGAGGCCAAAGACUUCUACUUGGCUACAAGCCCACCGGAUUCUUUUCUUGAUGAUCACCACCUGUCUCGCCCUCAUCCUGAGAGAGUGCCAUUUUUAGUAGCUGAAGCACCACGUCCCCGUCAUACUCUUGAUGAGCUCAACCCACAGAAGUCAAAACACCAAGGUGUAAGAAGAGCGAAGUGGCAUUUGGGAAUACGGAGUCAGAGUCGACCAAAUGAUAUCAUGGCUGAAGUUUGUCGAGCAAUUAAACAACUGGAUUAUGAAUGGAAGGUUGUAAAUCCAUACUAUCUGCGUGUUCGAAGGAAGAACCCAGUGACAAGUGCGUAUUCCAAAAUGAGUCUACAGUUGUAUCAGGUGGACAGCAGGACAUACUUACUGGACUUCCGUAGCAUUGAUGAUGAAAUUACUGAAGUGAAGUCUGGGACUGCAACUCCACAGAGAUCAGGUUCUGUGAGCAACUAUAGAUCCUGUCAAAAAGAUUCAGAUGCUGAUGUGCAAGGAAAAUCUGUAGAUACAUCCCUUACCUCAUCAGUGACCUCUUCGCUUGACUCUUCCACAGCUGACUUAACUCCAAGACCAGGGAGUCAUACAAUAGAAUUCUUUGAGAUGUGUGCAAAUCUUAUUAAAAUACUUGCACAAUAGUUUUGAAGAUGCGCUUAUUUCUUUUAUAGCAAUAAGCAUGCCUAAAUCAUAGUCAGAUGCUUCCGAUUAUAAUCAAGUUAAAUUAAGGCGCUGGAAAAGCUAGCCACAGAAUGCAAUUUGCACAAGGAUUGAAAUGAUUAUGGGCAGUUACGUAUAUUAUUUUGAAGGUGGAGUGAAUUCUGAUUGUCUCCUGUCCAAUAGCAUAAUACAGAUACAGGAAAUCAGGUGCCCUUGGGGCAGUGUUCAUAACAUUUUACAUUGAGUGCACAUUAGUCUGCAUAUAACAACUAAGUUAGACCUCCUUGGUUUUUUCACUGGUAAUACAUAGCUCUGAUGCACUGUAAGUAAAUCUACAUUUCCUAGUUCAGUGACCUAAGGAUGACUUAUUGGUCACAAUCUACAGUUGUGCCUCAGCUGGUCAGAACUAUCAAUGUUUUCUAACAGUAACGUGUUAAAACUGCUGUGCUUCUUCCCCCUUAUUUGAUAGUAAAUGAUAAAGAAUAGUUUAAUGCAUUAUAAUGUACUACUUUUAACAACUGAUAAAUUUGAUUAAAUGCAUGCAAAUCCAACCAGUUGGAAAUGCGUGUAGGUGUUCUGUAAUGCACUAAAGGCAAGAGCAAGAAACUUAAUGCUGAGGAGCCUUCGCAUCCCAUGGGCUAAAACAAAAUGUGGCUAUGUGAAGGAGAACUGUCAGCAGCCUCUUGAUCUGUGCAUACACCUUAGUGUGGUAGCAGCACAGCAGCUCCCCGCUGCUGCUGCAGGCUGAGAAUCCUUUUUCUCAGAAACAUGUGCAUGUAGUUAAAAGCACAGCCUAAGGGCUCUUGCAUGCUAUUCCAGAAUCUGAAAUUGACAGUUUUUUAACAUAUGUGUUAAUACUUUGAUGCAGGUGUUUAUCACAUGUUAACUUAGCAUAUACUAUAAAGAAUUCACUUUGCAGUUGAAACUACAUGUACAUGUUUGGUUUUCCCAGGCUUCCUUUAUAGCAAACUUUGUUAUUUAAAUUCAUCGUGAAAUUAAAUAGUCCAGCUUUUCAGCUGAACAUGGAAAACUGAUCAUGAAAACAGGAGUGUUAAUAUUCAAAAAGUUUUCAACAGUAAAUUGCAAUUAUCCAUAAAAUAAAUCCUUCUGCAUUUAUAGUUUUUUGCAAUGUUCCAGGAAGAAAAUUGAACCUUAUAUGUUAAAAUCACAGUACUUGCACAAAAACAUUUAGUCUCUUGUAAAUUAGAUAUAAUUAGCCACAGUGCUGUUUUCAUGUAGCACUAAUAGAUAUAAACAGUAAACUGUAUGUCAUAAAAUGUUUAGUUUUGUAUUCAAGAAUUAAUGUACUCUUCAAAAUAAACUUCAUGAACUACUCUGUUUCAAAGGUUGCUAUCCCAGGGAGAGGCUGGAAAUCAUGGCAUUACUAUGAACAGUUAAACCUGGGCUCUUUAAAAUGGUUGGGGAUCCUUGCCAAUGAGAUUUCAUCCACAGAACACUGCUAGCUACAGAUAGAAGAACAGUUUAUUCCAGGCCAACUGGCUUCAGUCCAGACAUUCAUGUUAUGAACAUGCAUAGAAUCUGAAGAAACGUAAAGCUGCUUUAAGCCCUGUAACUGCUGUAACUGCAUUCUGAACUGGGCGGUUGUGUGGUCUAUCUAGUAUGUAGGUGCAAGUUAGAACUUGAAUUGCUUGUCCUCAAGCAUCACACACGGUCCCUGUAAUACAAAGUUGUAUUGCUGUAUCUCAGAGUGGAAGAUUCCCCUUAGAUAAAGCUUGGGAUUUAAACUCCUGAGAUUGAGAUGUCAACAUGAGGGACCAGCUGCAUAAUCCUACUUUGAAGUGCUGUUUUUAAUCUUGUAAGAAUUGGGCCUCAUGUACUGAGUAAAUUGGUGUGUUCAUUUUUGCUACCCUUUUAUUUUGAAAUUGUUAAAUAGUGCACUUGUACGAAUAUAACAAAACGCACAGGUUUUUUAUUUGUUGUAAUUCAUCAUCUGGAACUGGUUUGGGAUCACUCUUGCAUAUGUUAAACUAAGUAUGUAUAAAUGGUAUCUGCUCCUGGUUUGCAAACUUGUAAUGCUGAUCACAAAUGCAAGCUGUCAAGGUGCAAAUAGCUUUUAAUUUUAUAUACUUUUUUUGGCCCUCUUGUGCAUUAAGACCACCAUGGUUUUUCCUUUGUUUUGGUAUCUGGAGAUGAAAGUAAGUUUCUGCAGAAGUGUGCUGUAUGCAUAGUUUUAAAUAAAGUAAAAGUUAUUGGUAUGAUAAAUUAGUUUUGAUGGCCAAAAGUUUUCUGAUUGAACUGAGAUUUUUGUAGGGGGUGGGGAGGGAGAAAGGGGACAGACAACUUAGUUGAACCCAGAACAGCUGCCUGUCGGGUGACUUUCCUAUGCUUUGUAGAUCUUGCUGUUGAAACAGCUUUCCUCACAUGUUCCUACUGAUCUUGCAGACCCUUUUUUUUUAGCAUCACACCUAGUGUCUGCCAGCAUGCUAUGAAACAAAACUUUACUGCAAAAGCUGCCAGGGUUGUGAGGACGCAGUUUAUGCAAAUACACAAAUUGGUCAAGUAUGUUACUCUGUUUUCCCAAGCUCACUCCUGUUGGAGUACAUUGAAUUAUCUUGCCUUUGUAUUGUGAUUUUUUCAAAAACAUGGAUGAACCUGAUUGUCCAUGUGCAAUAUAACUCAGUAGUGGAUAAAAAUUCAUCAUGGGUGCAAUAUUUAAAAAAACUUUAAUGUUUGUCUUGAUAUGAGUGUUUAAUACAAAAGUGGAAAUAAAUUUUAUUUUACCAGUUGAUUACCAUUGUAAGAUAUGAAAAGAUGUGCCUACUUCCUAUGUUAAUUUCUUUUGACAAAGCUGAUUGGCAAAAAAUGCUUGUUUAUAACUGUAUAACUUUUUAAACUUUCAAAACUUUAAGUAAACAUGAAAUGCUGAACCAUGUCAUUUGAAA